AUGGAGGCUUACAACAGUGGUGCUAUUAGUACUAAGCCAUGGCUCAAUGGCCUCUUCCUCAGCUUUCUAGCUAUACUAUCAUUUGUAGCUUCUUUUGCUAAUGCGGAAACUCACUACCACGAGUUUGUUGUAUGUCCUCGACUCUUCUUCUUCUUGUACCUUUUCAUAUUCACUGUAACUUCUUGUAAUGACACUCCAUUGAAACAGGUUCAAGCAAAACCAGUGACGAGGCUGUGCAAAACCCAUAGCAUAAUUACUGUCAAUGGACAAUUUCCAGGUCCAACUCUGCAAGUACAAAAUGGAGACACUCUUGUUAUUAAAGUCCUUAACAGGGCUCGUUACAAUGUCACCCUCCAUUGGCAUGGAGUUCGUCAGAUGCGAACGCCAUGGGCAGAUGGCCCGGAAUAUGUAACCCAGUGUCCGAUCCAACCCGGAGCAGCUUACACGUACCGGUUCACAAUCGAAAAUCAGGAGGGGACAUUGUGGUGGCACGCUCAUAGCAAAUGGCUCAGAGCCACCGUCUAUGGAGCACUUGUCAUCUAUCCGAAAUCUGGUUUUUCAUUCCCCUUCUCCAAGCCCAAGCUAGACAUUCCUAUUCUUCUUGGAGAAUGGUGGAACAGAAACAUUAUUGAUGUACUAAGACAGACAACUUUCACCGGAGCAGCUCCAAAUAUUUCAGAUGCAUACACCAUCAAUGGUCAACCUGGUGAUCUAUACAGAUGCUCCAGCAAAGAUACUUUGAAAAUCUCUGUGAAGUCUGGUGACACGGUUCUCCUCAGACUCAUCAACGCUGCACUCAAUCAAGAACUCUUCUUUUCUGUUGCCAACCACAAACUAACUGUUGUUGGUGCCGAUGCUGCCUAUACCAAGCCUUUCACAACCAAUGUCCUCAUGAUUGGUCCUGGACAGACCACCAAUGUCCUCCUCACGGCGGAUCAAACCCCAGGACGCUACUACAUGGCAGCGCGAGCCUAUGCUACUGCCCAGAAUGCCCCAUUCGACAACACCACCACCACUGCCAUCAUCAAAUACAAAAAUACCCAAAAGGGUGGUUCCUCACCACCACAGUUACCGCAACUACCAGCCUUCAAUGACACUGCCACUGUGACUGCAUUCACUAGCCAAAUGAGGAGUCCUUCCAACGUUAAAGUCCCUACUCAGAUUGAUGAGAACCUCUUCUUCACAGUAGGAUUGGGGGUCGUCAACUGCAAUCCAGGGCCUAGAUGCCAAGGGCCAAACAAUACCCGAUUCGCUGCCAGCAUGAACAACGUGUCUUUUGUACUCCCCAGAAGGACCUCCUUACUUCAAGCCUAUUACCAGAACAUACCUGGCGUCUUCACCACUGACUUCCCCACAGUUCCACCACGAAAAUUUGAUUAUACAGGCAAUGUCAGCCGGGCACUUUGGCAACCUCUAUUUAAGACUAAAUUGCACAAAAUGAAAUUUGGUUCCAAUGUACAAAUUGUGCUACAAGACACUGCCAUCAUCACCACAGAGGACCAUCCUAUGCAUCUUCAUGGCUACCAUUUCUUUGUUGUCGGACAGGGUUUUGGAAACUUUGAUCCAAAAAGAGACACUGCAAAAUUUAACCUCGUUGAUCCACCCCUCAGGAAUACAAUCAACGUUCCAGUUGGUGGAUGGUCUGUGAUCCGAUUCGUGGCUGAUAAUCCAGGAGUUUGGCUGAUGCACUGUCACAUAGAUUCCCAUCUCAAUUGGGGCUUGGCCAUGUCUUUCAUAGUUGAGAAUGGAGUUGGAGAAUUACAAAGGACCUCCUUACUUCAAGCCUAUUACCAGAACAUACCUGGCGUCUUCACCACCGACUUCCCCCCAGUUCCACCACGAAAAUUUGAUUAUACAGGCAAUGUCAGCCGGGCACUUUGGCAACCUCUAUUUAAGACUAAAUUGCACAAGAUGAAAUUUGGUUCCAAUGUACAAAUUGUGCUACAAGACACUGCCAUCAUCACCACAGAGGACCAUCCUAUGCAUCUUCAUGGCUACCAUUUCUUUGUUGUCGGACAGGGUUUUGGAAACUUUGAUCCAAAAAGAGACACUGCAAAAUUUAACCUCGUUGAUCCACCCCUCAGGAAUACAAUCAACGUUCCAGUUGGUGGAUGGUCUGUGAUCCGAUUCGUGGCUGAUAAUCCAGGAGUUUGGCUGAUGCACUGUCACAUAGAUUCCCAUCUCAAUUGGGGCUUGGCCAUGUCUUUCAUAGUUGAGAAUGGAGUUGGAGAAUUACAGUCCAUAGAGCCUCCUCCAGUUGAUCUGCCUCGUUGUUAAGCUUUCCGAUGAAAGUCAUCAGUGAUAAAGACUGUCUUCUUGGUUGAAAGAAGAUGAUAGAACUUUCUUCAGUUCUCUGUUUUAUAGGUCAUCGUUUGCCUGAAUUUGGUGUCCUGUUUUUCUUUGUUUUGCUUAUCUUUGUCCUAAUUUUUGCUUUGAUUAAUUAAGCAAAGAAUCGGACAUUCUUGAUUUGGUUGCUUACUUUUACAAUCCAAGAGGGAUACAUGUACCCAG